CGCACUCGGCAGCCCACUUGCGCACAACAACAGCAACAGCAACAAUGCCAUUUAACCUGUGCUCAUUCCCCAAACGGCGCGACUCACGCAUACUACCGGAUCCGGAGAACCCGUCCGCGCGAUUUCCCAAAGCGCACCGAUUCGACCGGCAGCUGCAAAAGGGAUCGCAGGGGUUCAUCGAGCAGUGGACACACGUGGCUUCGGAUACCGUGGUCGCUGUAAAAGUGAUUAUUGGCAGCAAGCAAAAGAAGCCGGCGGAAGUCCAGAUAUUGCAAGAACUGCCUGCACACAAGUCCAUUAUUAGGUGUCUGGGCUUCUACGAGAAGCAACCUUCGCCAGAUAAGGUAUCGAUCCUAUUUGAAUACUGUCCGCAUGGCGACCUCUUCAUGGUGCGGGUGCUCAGCGUCGAGAAGAAUGUAUUUGUCUUCUCAGAAGCCUUCAUGUGGUCGGUUUACCGCCAGUUGGCAGGCGCCCUUGCCUUCCUGCACGACGGUAUCGACGAGCAGCAUCCCACGGGCCGCGACAAGUGGCGCACCGUUGCGCACCGGGACAUCAAAUUCGAAAACAUACUGGUCAAGAGCCUGGGCGCAAAAGACGACUGGUCCGACAUUGACUUGAAACUGGGCGACUUCGGCAUGGCGGGCUACCACGAUCCUGCGAACCCAAAUCCCCACGGUUACAUUGCUACCACGCACUACUGGCCGCCUGAGGUGAAAUGGGAGACCAAGUAUUUGACGCCCGCAAGCGAUAUCUGGGGCAUCGCCGCCAUCAUGCACGAGCUAGCGCACAACUUCGGGCCGCUGGUGAGUCCAGACGUCACGCAGGCGCGCUGGUUCCUGCACAACAAACACGCGCCCUACUCUGAGAGCUGGCCCGAGACGCUCAGAAAGAGUUACUGGGCCUCCCAGACCCCAAGGCGAGUCGUCCCUAUCAACCUCGAGGUGGACGCUGUUGUCCCAAGUCUCUCGGACCCCGAUCUCGGAUACGACAGGCAGGCGAUUGCGUUGCGCAAGUGCCGGCCGAGCCCGCGGUACUCGGACACGCUAAACGAGUGUAUGAUGGCCGGGCUGGCAAUGUCGGUGAAGGAGCGUGUUGGUGCGGAGGAGCUGCUGCGACUGAUCGAAGGGGGGUAUUCAGACUUUCUGUUUCAAAACUUGAGUCUGGAGCAUGAGCAGGAGACGGUGCUGCAGGAUGUAGAGAGUGGUGGUGCUGAGGAGCUAGGCUGGUAG